AUGUCAACGCGCGGACAGGCACGACAUGUCAGGCAGAGGAAACUGAACACGAAGCAGCCGCUUCGCAUAAUACGAGAAAAUGAAAUUGACGACGCCAUCGACGAUGAAUCGCAACGACAUAUCCCUCAGGUCGAGACUGGUGUCGAGAAGAACGAAGAAGUCGAAUUCCACUUGCAGGCUGCGAUCAAUGCAGCAAAUGCAGCCGCUCUCGGUGCUAAGAGCAAGGCGAGCAGCUACAUUCCCACACCAGAGGUCCGCAAGGCCAAGGGUAUCAAGUAUGACGAGCUCUAUCCGAAAGUAUUCUCGCAGCCGGCCACCUACAUUCGAUUCAGUUCAACGGUGGAGGACUGCGUAGGCGUAGCGUACUGCAUGAACGAGGAUGACGAGAAGUUCCUGAAACAGCUCAAUGACGGCAAAGAUGUUAACGGCCAGGCGCUCAAGGACAAGACCAUCCAGUGCUCUGAAGAUGGUUUCGAGGAGGUGAUGAACUUCCUCGAGGACACCAGCCAGAGACUGCAGCCAUUUGCCACUGUGGAAAGCAGCGUGCCGAUACUGAGCCUUGAUGAGCUUGAACAAUCGCGUGAAGAGCCUCUAACCGCCGAGGCACAGCGAGUCGUGAAGCCGGUUUACCAGUAUUGGGCAAGCAAGAAAGGCAGCCGUCCUCUGUUACCGACUAUCAAGGUGCGGCUGCUCGACACAAGCUUGGACGCAGACGAUGCCGAUCCGUACGUUUGUUUCCGCCGUAGGGAAGUUCGACAAACUCGAAAGACCAGAGGCAGAGAUGCGCAGGUGGUGGAGAAGCUCAAGAAGCUCCGCAUGGAGCUUGAGCAGGCUCGACAGCUUGUUGGGAUGGUUCGUGACCGUGAGAAGCUGAAUGAGACUAAUCUUUCAGUCACCCGCAAGGUCUUCGAGCAGCGCAAGCAGCUCAAAGAGGUCAAAGUCGCUAAGAACAUCAUUGGCGAGAAGGGUGAAGAUGAAGAGCUUCUCGUCAACCAGAAACCUGUUGCCAAGCCGAAGGGCAGAGGUGAUGGGUCUCGACCAGGUCCGACGAUCCGAUUACGGUCGCUCGGUGACAGUAGGUCUGCGCCAGACAGCGAUCUCAUCUCACUGGCCGAUAUGCAAGCGCAAGCAGACGAUCAUGUGGAUCGUACCAUUGAAAGCCGAAAGGACCAGCACCGGCGGUGGAACAAGGACUGGCAAGACCGGACAUGGGAUCCUAUCACUCCGCCACCAGAACCAGCAGAUGAGCAAGCAAAGUGGGCCCCUUUACCGGCAGUUGGGACUGGCUAUCCAACACCGCCGCCGUCACUACCAUCCAGGAGUUCGCAAGAUCGAGAUGGCGAUGUUGACAUGUCGGAGCAGAAGCCGGUACUGGACCAUGAUGCUGUGGCUGGUGCCGAGCCUACUUUCAAUGUCUUCAUCCCUCCACCGUGGCUCGACAACUCCGCCGAGGAUGAUGAGCCCGACAUGAAACGCGUCAAGCUUGACGCUGCACCUGCAUGUCGUCUGCGCUAUGGCCGGGGUGGUCGGGUGCACCUUGAAAUGCGGAAGCAGAAGCCAAAAGGCGUGCUAAGUCGAGGCGUUGUCUCUGAUAGUGACAGCGACGAUGACGAAGUCGACUACUUUCCCGUGCCGGACCCGAAGACAUUUGACUAUCGGUCAAUGUUGAACAGUCGUGCGCGCUCCGGACCAGAAGGCGUGGAGCGGAGACAAUUCCCAAGUGGAGACCAGACCGCGAUGAUAGCUGCAGCGCAACAGCAAGCUUCCGCUGCUGCAUCCGGCAACGCUUCAAGUCCACCUAAGCUUGUUACUGCCGGCAGCUCAGGUGGCUGA